AUGCUGAGAAAAAAUGCAAUCGAUAUUCUUGAUGAGAUCAUGAAGAACACGUUCAAUAACUGGGAAGAAGUCAGCAAGAUUCGUCGUCGUGACUGCACCAGCCUCUUUGCAGAAUGUGCUCAUUCACAGACUAACGACCAUGGUGACGAUGGUCCUUCUAUUGACAACCAAAGUCUCAGUGCCGUGGUUAAUGAUAGAGAGAAACACAAACAAGACAGACGUAAAGAGGAGAAAAAUAAGGGUGAAACCAUCGUAAAUGAGAAUGCCAAUAAUGAUCUCUUUCCAAAAGCCGAUGGCAUUCAUCCAUGUACUGCGGACGGGCGUAUAGCGGAGCUGUUCGCUUUGCAGCAAAGACGCAGACUCUGUACAAACAAGCCAUCCAAUUUUGAGAGACAAGUGACAUCAUUUAAAAUCAACGAGAAGACUGACGAGCACUCAGUUCUAAAACAUGAUGAAGAUAGAACUCCAGAUGCUAAUGUUAUGGUGAAUGAUACAAUGGAUGCAGUAAUUCCCAUUAACAAGACAAAGCAAGUCAGCGUUAAGCAACCACAGGAUGGAGGUGUAUCUAUCAUGGAAAGCCCAAACAGGGAGAGCGACCAGUACUUCAAAGAAAGGAAGAACUCGUUCAAAAAGAGAUUAAAGAGAGUCAUAGCACCUCUGAAGCCAACUAAGCUGAUAAACGAUUGCAAGACAUUGAAGAACCGACUAAAGAGGGACAAGUCAGCAAAGAAACAAACAGAGCCAGCAUGCUCCAGGGACGACCCGGACAGCCAGGCUGAUUUUGGAGAGCUUUCCAGGAACAGUGUCCCAUUCCCAUGUGGCAUGUGAGCCUGUAGAUUCACCGAACGCAUGAGACUAUUAUGAGAAUUCGUGUCAAAAUAUUUGACUAUUUGACACUUAUAACCAAACAAUGUAUAAAUACAUGUAUAUUGAUUUUACUUGAC